UGGCGUCUUGUGAUGCGUGGUGAAUCAAUACGGGGGCGUUGGAAUGUUUUGUGCCACGUGUGCUACGAAUGGCUUUUCAUUUACCUACAAACGAUCCGCCGCAAUGACGCGUUGGCGAGAACGGAAGUGAUGGGAGGGAAAAAGGUACAAAAAAAAAGAAAGAUGAAAUUUGUCUUAAUUGCGUUUUUACUGGCGAUGAUCGCUUUUGCGAGUACCUCCGGUGAAGGCCUCCCUAAUUGCCUUUGCACAAGAGAAUUUGCGCCAGUCUGUGCAAACGAUGGCGUUACUUACGGGAACAAAUGCGAAUUCAAUUGCGCAAAGAGCCGCCUUCAAGGACGUUCUGCUGAUGACUUCAAAAUCGCCAGAGGUGGAGACUGCAACGGUCCCGAAAUUCCCCAAUUCCUGGAAGAAUUUUAAUAAAAAGCAAAAAGUUUUGCGCUGUGCACUAUCCCGAUAGAUCGUUAACGUUUUGCGGCAAAAUAUACCAUCAGUUUCUUGAUUCCCGGUUAAAAUUUAAACAGGAUUCAAUUUUUGUUCGAUGCAUCGUCAAUUCAGCAAAUAUUUUCCGCAUAUAUAUUUUUACUUACAAUUUGUAAAACUCAAGCUCAUAGUUACACUUUCUGCAGAGUAAAGACUUUUGAUUUUCAAUUUGGACUCCGUCAUUUUAAGUAUUACAUUUCGGAAACGAUAAAUGUGCAGCUGCGAGAAAAUAAUAUCGUCAGUAUGUUUACAAUUACCGAAACAUCGCGUUUAAAGAUAUGUAUAUACCUAUCGGUGUAUAUAUUAUCUUUAUAUCAAGCUAAAAAUAAAUGUGCAAUAAAAUAGACAAUGUAUAAUCAAUAUAGACCUAGACAGAGUACGAAAAACUGAGAAAUAGGGGUAGAAAUUAUUCGAUUCCAACUAUUUCUUAUUCUAUUGCGUUUCGGAUUCAACAAUUGUAAUAAUCAAUUCAAUAAAACAUAUUAUUAUACCGA